AUGGAGGGUUCGGGCGACGGUUCGCCGCAAUCAUCGAUGUGCAUGGUGAAGGCGGCCGAGCUCUUCCCGAAACCGAUCCUCGAGAAGGAGGAAGAAAAGCUGACGGUUCGGUUUACUGAGUUGGCUGGAGAAUCUAUUCGAUAUCUGGGUCAGACCGACGAUGGCAUCCUGGCGCUGUCAAAUUACCGGUUGUUCCUGCAGAAAAACAGCACCGCCGCCGAGGUGUCGGUGCCGCUAGGAUUAAUCGAAUCGACGCAGGUGCGCGAGCUGUUCCACCUGAUUGUAAACUGCAAAGACGCCAGUACCGUGCGAUGUUCAUUCGCGACGUCCGAGCAGUGUGGCGAGUGGCACCGGCGAAUAUCGCUCUCGAUCGGUGUACCGGAAACACUGGAGGCGUUGUUUGCGUUUCCGUUCCAUGCCUGGGCGUCCGAGUCGCCAACCCUUAACCAGGACAACGAGUGGGCUGGCCGGUUACAGCGGGUCGGUUCGUUUGAGGACGAAUUCCGGCGCGAAGCCGAACGGCUCCAAUUCGACUUGCAGGGUGCGUGGCGCAUCAGCCAAGCAAACGCGGAAUUUAAGCUGUGUCCUUCCUACCCACGGCUACUACUGGUGCCAGCGUGCAUCUCGGACGACACUCUGCAGAAUGUGGCCAGCUUUCGAAGCUCGCGUCGCAUACCGGCCGUUGUGUGGCGUCACCAACGCACCGGUGCCGUAAUUGCACGUUGCAGCCAACCCGAGGUUGGAUGGCUUGGUUGGCGUAACUCAAAGGACGAACAGCUGCUGAAGGCGCUGUCUGACGCGUGUUCAUUCGACCGUGGUACGCAGGAUCGGGCCAGUGACGGUACGAGACGUACGCGAACUCAAACGGACAGCUCGGAGGCGUCAAGUGAUGGUAGUCCACCACGCAGCCCCGAGGGAAGCCACGAAGAGGUCGAAAUGGACGAACCCAAGAAGAUCCUGAUUGUGGAUGCGCGGUCCUACACGUCGGCCGUUACGAACCGAGCACGUGGCGGUGGAUGCGAAUGCGCCGAGUACUACCCAAGCGCCGAAAUUCAGUUCAUGAGCCUGGGCAACAUUCACGUGAUACGCAAGAGUUUCCACGCGUUACGGCAACUAUGCGCCUCGCAGGCGGACAUUCCCAACUGGCUCGGAUUGUUGGAGCGAACGCUUUGGUUACAGCACCUGUCCGGAUUGCUGGCGGCGUCUAUGGUCGUGUGUCACGCCAUCGAACGCAGCGGACGGCCGGUGCUGGUGCACUGUUCCGACGGAUGGGAUCGUACGCCACAGAUUGUGGCCACGGCACAGCUAUGUCUGGAUCCGUACUACCGCACCAUCGAAGGGUUCCGCGUGCUGGUCGAACGGGAGUGGCUGAGCUUUGGCCACAAGUUUGCUGACCGCUGUGGUCACGGUCCCGGUUCUGACGAAACGAACGAACGGUGUCCUGUGUUCCUGCAGUGGCUUGAUUGCGUCCAUCAAAUACAUCGCCAGUUUCCUUGCAGCUUUGAAUUCGAUAUGGGCUACCUGAUAAAAUUAGCGCAACACUCGCAUUCGUGUCUAUUCGGCACGUUCCUCUGCAACACGGUCAAAGAGCGGCAGGAAAACAGCGUCCCCGAUCGGACGUUCUCCGUGUGGCCUUUCCUAUCCGGUCCGAUCUACAAGAACCACCUGUACGUACCGAACCGCGAGCGCGUCCUGUGGCCGGCGCAUAACGUGCGUGAUCUGCGCCUCUGGACGGAAGUGUACCUGGGUAGCUGGGGUGGCCAUAAUCAGCAGUCCGCCUCCGAGUCGGUCGACUAUCCAGCCGCCAGCGUAUCGGCGGUGGGUCCGAAUGUGGCCUCUGCUGUCGUUGCCGUCGGCAUAAGGAGUGUUGGAACUGGAGUUGAGAAACCCACCGGCAGCAUCGUGGUCGGAGGAUCAGCGUCAGUCAACGGUGUCGGAGGAAUUGGCGUGAAGUCAUCAGCGGCAUCAGCAAGCGCUACUAGUCCGGAACAGAAUGGUUCGAUGACGAAGACGCGCUCGUACAGUGAUAUCAAAGAAGCAACCUCAGGCGGUAUCAUGACACGUCGUUCAAGCGAUCCAAGCAUGAUCGUCGAUUCGAGCGUUCUCGGUCGAAAGAGCGAAUCUGUAGGGCUAAACCUGUCGCAAGAGGAAAGUUCACUCGAUUCGAACAUCUCGUCUGAUCGGGAGACGUCCCCCGAUCUGCCCUCGAUUGACGGUCAUCUGUUGGACCGUGAAGCAAUAGCAAGUUCCUUCAUUCAGCAGGCCACCGAAAAGCUGCAAAGCCUUACGCAGGAGCUGAACCAAUCGGACGAGGAGCUGGAGCAAACGAUCAGGAACCAGCGUAUGCUGGCCGACAGUAGUCCUCUUUGCGGUGUUGCUUCCGCCGUUGGUGGGGAUUCGGAGGACACUUUCAGAAGCGCACACAAACCUUCCUCAGCUUCUUCUAGUCUUUUCCCGAAUGGGCUGACCGGCGGUGUCGAUAGUUUAGCGGUGGCCGCCGCUGCCACACUCAUCCUUACGGCAACCACCAACGUUAGGCCUUCGUUCACAACCACCAGCAUCGGCGAAGAAAGCAUCGGUCGUUACAGAUUCCAGCCGAUCGUUCCGGAACUACCGACAGUCGUACCGCCAGCUCCUGCCGCCUCAUUGAACCAUUCACAUUACACAUCCACCAUGGCUCCUGUGAUCAAUGUAAAUCAACUUCACGGUAAGCAGCAGCAUCAGCUCGUUACAUGGCCGGAUGCGAUAGACGAGAAUACUUCGCGUAUCAUCAAAAUCGAAAGCUACCAGCCAACGAACAGUGCCGGCAAGGACAUCCCGGAUGGAGGUGGUGGCGAUGAAGGAUUUGGUGAGGGGUUGGACCUCGGACGGGGCAUAAAUCGCGCCGUCGUUGGACGUCCGAUUAUGACCAACGACGAUAUGAUGAUGGAAAGCGUUGACCUGACCAUACGAGGAACUGACGACAGCAGCUUCGGCGGUGAUACGCUGCUCACGGAUUCGCCAAAUCAACUGGAGUCCCCUUUGCCGACGGCCAGGUCACUCAGUCCCAACCUUUGGCAUGGGUCGAUUGAAACAAGCACGGACACGCUGGUACCGAUGGACCAAUAUCCACCAUCGUUAGGCACGAGCGUGUUGGGCUCGCAACAAGAAUGUCUGCAAAAUCUCCCGCAGGCGGGCUUGAGUUGUGGACAAUCAAAUCUAAGCGAUGCAGCCUCGACGGAAACGCCACGACGGACGAAUCGCAAAGGCAGUGGCGAGGCCACCAUCGACGAUGUUGGUAGUAUUAGUUUAGCCGUAGUAAACAGUGAUAGCAGUCAGCUGGGUCUUGUAAAUGGUAAAGGAUCGGUGACAGCACCACGGGACGUUUUGAGAAACACCGGGCUCGCUAGUGACCACUAUGCCACAAAAACUCAGACUGGUGAUAGCAAUGGAUGUGAUUUUACUAGUAAUAGUCAGGAUUACCAUAGGAAAUUAUCAAAUCAACCUACGUUGACGUUAAUCAGUGACUCGCAGCUACCAAAAGAUCGCACCGAUAGCCGAUAUCAUCAUCAGCACCAGCCGGAAUCUAUGCUGGAAACCGAUCGUGGCGGAUGCCGGUCAGGCCUGGCAAUCCAGCACGCGCAAAGCAACAUCAGCAGCAAUGCGAGCUGCAACAAACUCAAAGCGAACGGAACGUCCCUAUCGUCGGGCUGUACUGCCGUCUCUGCCACCGCCAACCCUCUGCUUAGCUCGAUGAUGCUGAUGGACGAAAGCAUCAUCAUUCAGCCACAGUUCCAACACCUCGAAAUCAACGGAAAACACCCCGUUGGUGGAAGUGCUCCCUGCGAAGCCGUUGCGACUAGCACGAUUGUGCCGCUGAAGGAACGGCGAAGGAGAAACUCGUCCAACUCAAAACACGACCUCAUGAGUCCAUGCAAACCAACCAAUGGAAGUAUAUCCCCAAGUGCCACACACUCUCGGUUUUCGACGCCGGGUGCCCGGUCACUGCCACUAACACCACCGAGUGCACCGUUUGCGGCGGACAGGCCACCGGUUGCGACGUUCUCGUGUCCGGACGGGUUGGCCCACGCGCUUUCAGAGCAAAACCUGCGCCUCCAGCAGAUCGUUUACGAGCAUCGGCUUCGCGAGGAAGCCUUACAGCGCGAGCUGUACGCCACGCGGUUAGCACUAUUGAAGAAAUUCUGCCAGCACUGUUGCAGUAGCAGCGCCCAGCAGCAGUACGGCAAUGAGGAUCCGAUGGUGGACUCCAUGAACGAGAACGCAUCGAACUGCUCGUGGGAAGCAGUCGACGAUCGAAGCGCACCGUCAUCUGGCGCCAACUCAUCCCAACAGAUGCAAUACAGCAGCAGCGGAGUCGGUGGAAGCAACAGUGUCCUGUGGGUACCUGACCACGCCGUCACUCGGUGCACCACCUGCCAGACGGAGUUCUGGCUUGGUCGCCGCAAGCACCAUUGUCGUUCGUGCGGCCAAAUCUUCUGUGCCGAAUGUUCCGAAUUUACGGCACACUUGCCGGACGAGCGGCUUUAUCAGCCGGUACGCUUGUGUGGUCCCUGUUACCAGCGGAUUUCAACCGCCACCUCCACGUCUGGUGCAAGCGUGCCUUCGACAUCUACGCACGGCAACAUUGCGCAGCAACACGUGAACGCUGCUCCCUCGAUGCUGGCUGCAAAUGGGAGCACUUCGACCACGAACGAGGACAGCAGUGCGUUUCUGUAUCGAUCAAAUGCAACGGCAACCGCGACGGCGAUAAUGCGUGAUCGGAUCACCAGCAUGAGCCAGAUGCAGACGCUCUUAGCCGCUGAAUGCAGCUCCGAGGCACCGAGGGCCAGCGAAAGCUGCUGCAAACAGAACGUUACCGCCGCAGCGACGAAUUAAGCUUGCUCUAGUGUCUUUCCUGAAACUAUUUUUUACGACAACAACAACAAUGCAACGGGCAUUCGAACGAAUUAAGGGAUUUUGAUUUGAUUCUAUUCUCAUACAUCUCACGGAAGUACGUGCAGAUACUGUAGCGAAAAAAGAAUGUGAGAAAGAAAACGGUAGAGGAAAAGGCAAAGGCGAUAAUGAGAGAGUGCCAACGUAUCUUUAACUUAUGAUUGUGUAACUACCAUUUCGUUUAUCAUUUCAUUGCUAUUUGGAUCAUCAUCGUUGUUGUCACGUAAUUAUUUCUUCUAUCUAUUUAUCAUCUUUUGUUCUCGCCAAAAAUGUUAAACUCAAAUUAUUUUCUAAUUUAGCUGUCUCUUUCCCUGUCCUAUCCGUUCCUAAGCAGUAUGUCCUUUCGUAUAGCGACUGUUAUUAUAAAUUAUUCGUGCAUGUUGAUCCUGUUGUAGGAACAAAAGGCAACAUUUCGGUGUAUUGUCCUGUGGGGUAUAUGCGAUCAGGAUAUUAAUGUCUCCUAGAAGCAGAAUUUUCAGCUUUUUGUGCAUGAUGGCGACGAAAUGCUGCGUGAUUUUAUUAUGACUUUGACUAUUUUUAACAUAUACCUUCUAAAAUAGUGAAGGAGUGAACAUUCAGAGCUAGAGAGAGCGUGAGAGACAAGAGAGCACCACAUAUAAGUUAGCUUGGAAUGGCGGGAAGGGAUGCUGGCG